AUGAAAGGAGCCGUCGCCCGGAUGUUAAAAUGGAGAACAAGACAAGCUCAAGAUGGAACACUCACUGUUGAGGAUCUAGAAAAUGCAGAGAAGUGCAUUAUCAAGCAUGAGCAGGAAAGGUUCUAUAGGAGUGAAAUAAUGGCAUUGAACUCUGGUGGAGUCAAAGGAACCAGUUCAAUCCAAAGGCGUGACCCAUACAUGGAGGAUGGACUCCUGCGCGUAGGCGGGAGAUUAGGAAAGGCAGCCUCCUUGACCAAGGAGCAGAAGCACCAGAUACUGAUACCAAGGAAGUCACCGGUGGCAACUAGAAUCUUGGAGGAUCUCCAUAGAAAGGUGGGACACUUGGGCAGAAAUGUAGUUCUGUCUCACCUCAGAGCCAAGUACUGGAUACCAAGAGCAAUCAACCUCAUCAAGAAAAUAGUAUAUAGAUGCGUAAUUUGUCGGAGGUACCAGGCUAAAGCCAUGCAGCAGAAGAUGGCCGAUCUGCAUGUGGACCGUGUCACGGGAGGUGAACCACCCUUUACACGUACUGGCAUGGACUACUUUGGCCCAUUCAUCAUCAAGAUAGGGAGGAGCGAGCAUAAACGAUAUGGUGUUGUGUUCACAUGCUAUGCCAUAAGAGCUAUACAUAUUGAAGUUGCUCACUCUCUAGAGACUAGCGCCUGCAUACAAGCCAUUAGAAGAUUCGUGUGCAGGAGAGGAGCCCCUACUGUAAUGCACUCGGACAAUGGGACGAACCUGGUAGGUGCUGAAGCCGAGCUUCGGGAGGCCAUCAAGACUUGGAAUAAGGAUCAAAUAGUUGACUAUAUGCGGAACAAGAACAUCACAUGGCAGUUCAAUCCUCCGUCCGCUACCCAUUUCGGAGGACUAUGGGAACGCCAGAUCCGAACUAUUCGCAAGGUCAUGUACUCACUUCUGCACGAACAAACUAUCAAGCUCGACGACGAGGGACUCAGAACGCUCUUCUGUGAAGUAGAGUGCAUCGUAAAUAAUCGUCCCCUUACUCAGGCAUCAGAUGACCCACAGGAUCUAACUCCUCUAACUCCAAAUGCUCUGCUCACACUUCGCUUGGAAACUCCGCUUCCCCCAGGUAUCUUCGAAUCUCGGGAUUGUUACUCGAGAAAACGUUGGAGAAGAAUCCAAUUCUUAGCUGACAACUUCUGGAGAAGAUGGUACACGGAGUACUUGCAGACGUUACAGGAACGCCGUAAAUGGCUCAGGCCAUCGCGAAAUUUGAAACCAGGAGACAUUGUGUUGAUAAUAGAUAACUCAGCGCCAAGAAAUUCGUGGCUUAUGGCCAAGGUAGAAUCCGUAAUAAAGGACGGUAAAGGGCUGGUACGUUCCGCUGACGUUAAGACAAGGUACUCUUCUCUCACACGCCCGAUAGCGAAGUUGUGCCUUCUGCUAGAAUCAGCUUAG